UUCGAAUGUGUAUCUUACCUUAUGUGUGUGUGUUUGUGUGAACAUUAUUUGGUGCUCAAAUCAAUGAUUUAAAAAAUCGUCCGUUCAAUUACCAAUUAUAUUUGUUUUGAAAUUUGCAGUUUUUUUUACAAAUCAUUUUCCGUAAUACAUGUGAUUUUUAGUGAAAAAUAUGUAUAGCGGUUAAAAUUGUAAAAAAUAACACGUACAGUAGUGAUUGCUUGUGGUGGUUCUUUGCUUAAAGUUUGGUUGGUAUGUUCUAGAGUGUAGAUAUGUUAAAUAUACAAGCCGGUGGGCUCGGAUGCAGUACACGAGAUCUUUUGAGCCGGCCCGGAAAAAAAUAGCGGGAACUUAAUUUGUUGCACAAAUCAACCAAAAACUAAAUUAUGACCAGAUAAACGUUUGUAAUGCGAAUAGCUAGCUUUUUUUAAACAACACUGUAAUGUUGUUAACACAUCAUAAUGGUAUAAGAGACGAAAUUGAAAAAUCUGCAGCACGAUCGAGGGUCAUACUUUCCGUGUUGCGCCCUAGUUUGGAGUUGUGUGCGUUUUGCUCAAUAAUCAAAUACGAUAUUUACAGAUUCUAUUAUGUAUACGUUUAUGUAUGUGCUAAUAGAAGGCGACAGAUUGCGUAGGAAAAACAACCAGAAGUGUAGAAACUUGGCGUAUUAGCUAAAUUUCAUUCCUAAAUUUGAUGGUUAGAAGAUAGCUACUGUAAUGUUUAAUUUAUUGAACAACGAAGGUUAUAAUGACGAAUAAUGUAACAACAAAAGUUUUGUUCUUAAUUACAAAAAAGGGUUGUUUUGCUAGUUAUGUAGGUAACAUUCACCUACAUUUUCAUUCAGAUGGCAUGAAAGACACAAAUACCUGCACCACCAUACUAGCGCAGUACGGCGUGCGUUUACACUGCCAUCGCUAGUACUUUACCGGUUUUUCCAUCGUUCAGCGCUGAGUUUAUGAAGAACGCAUUGGCCGAACAAGCGCUCUCAAAAUCAACGAGCAUUUUAUGUUCUGAUGCAAAUUAUUCGUGCCUCAUACAACUAUUGUCGAAGUGGGGAUAACGCACAGCCCUUGGUAACAGUGGAACAGCGGAAGAAGCAUGAAACAGUUUACAAUCGUUGGAUCAUGCAUGGCUUGAUUUCAGUUCCUUUAAUCGUUCACACAUACAUGUGCGUGAAGGCAACUGUUUCACCGUCAGCGAAGUGUUGAGUUCUAUGCUUGUCAAUUGUUUUUCUUUCCUUCCGUGUCUGGCAACCGCGUGGUGCGCGUUUUAAGAAAGCUUUGCCUGCUUAGUUUUGCUUGAUUGUUUACGGACUUUUGCUGUGAAAAUUAAAUGAUUCUACAAAGGAUUGUGGAAUGGUAGUAACAGUUGCACGUAACAGUAUCAGACAUUAGUUGAAGUAUUAUACAAUUUCGAUGAAAUGUUCUGCGUCCGGCAGUGAGUUGUGAUCGUGAAUACGCAUGAAUGUGGUACAGCCGUAAUAUGAUCGACCAGAGUUAUUGAAGUCCUUCCUCACCGAUCAAUAAUUAGAUGCUCCGGCCCUAACAGCCGCUUCGAUCAAGCAACACAGACUUCAGUUGUUGCUGAAGUGAAUUUGGACUGUGAGUUCAGCUGGAUAGGGUAGGACUGGUUGGUCUAUCCCAUCAAUCGUAAUUUUAUCAUAGAGCUAAAGAGGUUGUGUGUAUAUGUAUGUGUUUUAUGAGGAGGUACCAAAUUCUUGGGCAUUUUAACGUUUCGGAGAUAAUUUUAUAUUUUCCUGUUUCUGUAUAACAGUGUGCGUUUGAAUAGCAAAUACAUACUAUAUAAACAUCUAAAUCCCUAUUAGGUGCAAUACCUGUAGCGGUUCAAAGUGUUGGUAGAUAGUUUCCGGUGACGGUGUUAAAGGACGAUGCGAAACACUGGUUCCACGUCCUGGACUAUUUAUAUUGCACCGUACUGUUUAGCAAACAACAGCGACAAGUAGUGGUAUUGAGGAAUAAUAGCGUGUUGCUGCCUCUAUUACGAUUGUAGUGCAAAAGUGUGUGUGUUUGUGUGAGUGUUUCUACUAUGUCGAGCGCAACCCAGGACUGCAUACCGCCGCGCGGUAACCCAGAAAUGAAGAUUAUUAAGCAAGAAACACAACAAUCAAUCAGCCAAACCGAUCCAAACGAUUCUUCCUCCGGAAGCAACAGCAGCAGUGUUGCCCAACAUUUGGCCGGCGGCGCUGGCCAGGGCACUUCGUCCACCUAUCAAAAACCAGCCUCCUCAAGCAACAACCAUACAGCGAAUUCACAUCGCUCAAGACGCACGUCAACGUCUUCACCUGUGUCUUCGCCGUCGCCGACGCUACCGACAGCGUCGGCAAAACUAAGCAACGGUGCUGGCAAGACCACUUCGUCUUCCACGACCGUCUCUGCCAGUAUGGGAACAACCGGUACUGCUACUAGGGUGGUAUCUGCUCCCGCUCCCGCAACUAGCGGGGAGCCGAGUGGGAUAGGUUUAUCAGGUACUAACACGGCAAAUUAUCACAACUUCAUUGGACGACUUAUCAGCAAAGACAACAUGCUGCUAAUAAGCGAAGACGUGAUCGAAGUCGGCCGCAACUCGUCAAAGUCUCAGGUGGACUUCCAUGUUGGCAAGAACAGUUUCAUUUCCCGCAAGCACUUCAUCAUUCAGCACGAUAUGAAUGACGAGUUUACACUCUUCUGUUUGAGCAAGAAUGGUGUGUUCAUCGACAAUGUGUUUCAUCGAAAGAGCGGUGAGCCGUACAAACUACCAAAACUAUGCAGCAUUCGUUUUCCAAGUACAAACAUUAAGAUCCAGUUCGAAAACUUAAUCGAUCAGGCCAACAGUGGCAUACUGAUCGAUCUAAACGAACACACGCCAGUUAAAAUCGGUACCGGAGCGAUGGGUGGUAUUCCGUUGCACGCUGGUUCCAUAUCCAGCGCUUCGAUCGGUGGCAUGUCCCAGGGAGCCACCGGUGGCAGCAGCAGUGGUGUCAACCAUAGCAACGCGUUGGGUCUUGGUAGCAGCGGUGGCAGCCAGCACCACUACCAUAAUCGUGGUGGCAAAUCACCAUCUUCUAGUGUGAUUUAUGCGCCGCUAAAAAUUUCGAUUCCCUCCGAGCAUGGUGCUGCUGGUACUGUUGGUUUGCUCGGUGAUGUAUCGCGUGGUUCCGCUCGAAGUGGCACCGCUGGCGGUGGACGGGGCAGCGACAUGCACGGUAUAGGCGGUAGUGGUUAUCCAUCACCAACCGGUACCAUCAGUGCUGCAAACAGUUGCCCAACUAGUCCGCGACAAAACGUGCACGAAUUUGCCCAGUACAGCAGCAACCACCACCAUCAUCAGCACAGCGCCGCUAACGUAGUCAGCAACAACAACAACAAUAACUAUUCCGAAUUUCAAGCCCCGGCUACACAAUCAUUGGAAAGUGAUAAGCCACCGUACAGUUACGCGCAACUGAUCGUUCAAGCUAUCUCGGCAUCACCAGAAAAACAAUUGACGCUUUCGGGGAUUUAUUCAUUCAUUUCGAAAAAUUAUCCAUACUAUCGAACUGGUGCGAAUAAAGGAUGGCAGAAUUCUAUACGGCACAAUUUGAGCUUGAAUCGAUACUUCAUCAAGGUACCGCGAUCACAAGACGAACCUGGUAAAGGUAGUUUCUGGAGGAUAGAUCCCUCAAGUGAACUAAAGCUCAUCGAUCAAAGCUACAGAAAACGACGUCAACGUGGUUCGCAGUGCUUUCGUUCGCCGUUUGGCAUGCCUCGUUCGGCACCGGUUUCACCAAGCUACACCGACAACUCGCGUGAAGGUUCACCAAUUAACGAGGAGUUACUUAUGUCGGCUCCUGGUUCUCCCGGGCAAAAUAAUAGCGGCUAUUCUGCCAAUAAUCACGAUGGUUCUCAACAGUCUUCUUACCAGAACCAAUACACGGCAUACGCGAGUGCCGAGCAUCAACAGCAAGAGGUUUACGAGGAAGAUGAGCAGCUCGAAUAUGAAAGUGAUGAUUAUGAACCGGGAAGCAAACGUCAAAAGAUGUAACUUUCUUCUAUCUUAAAGAAAGUUUUCUAAACUGGUUCAACGCGCGAAUGUAUUUUGGCAAGAAAAAACACGUUGGUUGUUUUUUCUUUCGGUUCAGUGAAGCUCGUUAUUGUUUAUUCAUAUAUCUAUGCAUAUAAGAUCGCUCCCAACUAAAAACGGACAACUUGCAAUUUCAGCGUCGCGCAGCUUCAAUGCUUUUGUUUUCAAUCACACAUAGUAACAAUUGGUGAUUCUCUUUUAGCAUCCAGAUUCCAUAAAGCAGUCCUUCGUUUAAAUUACGUUGUCGAAAGGGACGGCAAAAUCGCGUUGCUAGUAAGUAAGCAAUCGUGUUCACAAUUGAUGGUUACAACAAAGCAUUGAAACUCGCUCGUCGACAAAAUUUUAAGUUAUCCCAUUUUGUGUGGCAGCGGCUCUAUGUGUAAUUUUCAAUGCACACGAUAUGGAACCUAUGAGUGUUCCAACAUAAUUCACAUUAGCUUGUAAAAUAAAAGGAAAAGAGAAGAAAAGUAGUAAUUUACUUUGUGGGUAUGCUACACCAACUCAGCUUCGGUUUCGUAAACAGUUUUUAAAUACUUCACGAUCGAUCACGCACACGAUCGUUUGCAGCUUACUUGCUUUUUGAUGAUUUUACACAGUAAGAAAUACCUAUUAAGGUUUCUGAAAACAAAAACCGACAAAUUGUGAAACUUAUUGACACAUCUGUACCACGAAUGAAUGUUCUACCUAUUGUGUUUAUUUUAUAAUAUUUUUUUAUUACAGUUCUAUCAUAUUAAACAUGAAUUUCAUGCAAAAUGCAUAAGUUUAUUGAUGAUUGAAUUGAUUCCAGCAAAUAUGGAAAACCAAAAUCAACCAACGUAACGUCACUGAUCAUGUAGCUUAUAACACACAUUAUCGUUCAUUUCCUACGAGACACGCGUUUUUUUCCCUCCCGUGUAGGCAAACUUCAACAAGGUUUUAAAAAUUCCCAGCAUCCUUAUUUUAUCACUUUGUUCACAUAUACCAGCUUAAUGUUUUUUUUAAACAUUUGGGAGAGUCAUUAGCCAUAGUAAAGUGCUGCAUACAGUGAAGAAAAAGAAAAUCAUAAUAUGAGGAAAAUUGAAGGAAAAACAAAAAAAACCUCUGCUGCAUUUUCGGAAGAAAAAAAAAAUAUAAGAAAGGGCGAGGUAAAAAGUGAGGGACACUUUAGCUUUGAUCAUCCAAAAGUAAGAUUAUAUAGUUUCGCUUUGUUAAUAAUAUCAGCACUAGAUUCAAUGUCAAAUUUGGUGGCAUUAUUAGCGCUGCCAUCAGCAAAGUGUUUAUUUAAAAAUGAAAUAAAUAAAGAAUCUAUGCUUUGUCGGAGAGAAUUAAUACGCGUUGAGACGGAUGAGGAAAAAUGAUGUUAGAAACACAUUUUUAUGUGAUUGUAAUAAGUCAUAUGAGAGUCUCCUAACCUGUGGUGAGGAGUUCGUGCACGCGUGUGUGUGUGUGUGUGUUUGUUUGUUUGUCAUGCUCCUGCCGGAGUGAAACAAGUGGAUGUUUUAUGUUGAUCAACAAAUAAGGCAAUGUAAGGGAACGUUUACGCCACGCGAUUUAUAGCAUGGCUUUUUGUUCUGAAGCAGGGUAGAAAUAAAUGAAGGAAUGUAGCUUUAUGCUUUUGGAUCAUGGUACCCCGUAUCGUAAAUCUACACAUCCCCGCCGGAUAAGGAGAAGGAAUCAUUUAUAAAACCUAACGAAUUGUAAUUAUCGUGAAACAGAAAAUAAGAAAUUAUAUAUAGAGUAAAAUUAGUGUAACAAAAGAAGUAAACAAAAAAAAUGUCAGUCGCAGUAGUAAGUGUAGCUGUAAGCCACAUUUUCCAUCCCUUCCACUCCACCACCCUCAUUGCCCCCUUAUACCUUUUAUACAUAGCCGUAUCCUGCAUCGAUGCUUGCAAGCGUCACACCGUCCCAUUAGCUUACAACCAACUCGUUUUACUAACCCCGUUUACUAUUCCUUAUGAUUUUCCUAUUCAUCCGGUCCUACACCUAGAACCAUAUGCAUAGCUUUUAGUAUGUUUUUAGGGAGAAUUUAAACUUAAAAUCACUGUUCUCCUGCAUGUUGCUUGCAAACGAGCAUUAGCACGAAAACAGGAGAACGUCUUUACGUCUCUAGCAAACGAUAAGGUUUAGCACAGAUUGGGUAAAGCCCGCAAGAAAAACAAAUCAUAGUUUGGAUUAUUAUUGUCGAAUCGCGCCAUUGCUAUGGCAUCGAAAAUAAAACAUCAUUUGUGAACAUAAACUCAUUUAUACACUUAACAUAGUGACAGAUAAACUGCUACCCGUGUUGCGCAUAUCUGAUGAAACGUAUAAUCUAAAACAGAACGUUUUAUGUUCGGCAAAGCGCAGCAAAUGAGCUGCUUUGUCGCGCAAAUGUUUUCGUUUGUUCAUUGAAAUCGUUUAGACCAACUGCGUAGUUAGCAGGAUUAUUUCUCUGAAAAUAAUUCAGAAUCGGAACGUAGUGCGAAACAAAACAAAAUUAUGCAAAAAGAAGAAGAAAAAAAUAAUACAACAAAAAUACAUUCAAUUGUAUGUUGCACGAGACAAACGCUAUCAGUCGGCAGAAAGUUCGCGCAGGAGACGUUAAUGUAUAGAGAAUAAAAAAUAAGGCCAUUCGUUUGAGACGUUAAUUCAUACUUAGAUGUAUUCUGUAAGAAUGUCAAAAAAUUGUCAGCAUAGAGAAAAAAAAGAAAAAUACAAAUUUGAACUAAAUCAA